CAGAACAACAAACACUGGUAUUAGUAUUAUUAUUGUUUUGGAAAGAAUAAUCUGUUAGAGUUAGGAGAAAGGAGUCGUAACCAAAAGAUAAAAAGUUUGUUUUCUUAGAUUGUGUGGAGGUGCUGAGCACUCACCAUGUGGUCGCUCAAAAGAAAAAUUGAAAGAGAAAUAAAGGACAAUGGCCAAAUUCGCUUUCAGCGUUCAGAGCAAGUAACAGCAGAACUGGUCAGUCGUUUGGCCCUUGAGAAGGAGCUUGAGGGCCAUGGGGGUUGUGUGAACUGUUUGGAGUGGAAUGAAAGUGGCAGCAUCCUGGCAAGUGGCUCAGAUGACCUCCAUGUCAUUCUCUGGAACCCUUUCAAGCACAAAAUUAUUUCCAAAGUCAGGACAGGUCACCAAGGAAAUAUCUUUUCAGUGAAGUUUUUACCCCAUUCAAAUGAUUCCCUUAUGGUUACUGGUGCGGCAGAUCAACGUAUCAAUGUUCAUGAUUUGAAUCGAAAUGAAACAACACAUGUGUUCACGUAUCACCUUGGUAGAGUCAAACGUAUAGCCACAGCACCCAACAUACCGUUUAUUUUCUGGAGUGCUGCAGAAGAUGGCACUAUUAUGCAGUUUGAUUUACGUUGCACGAGCACCACAACAACAGCUCCCAACAACAUCCUGAUAAACCUGAAUGCCCACAUGGGCCAGUACGCCGAGGCAAAGUGUCUGGCCAUCAACCCACUGAGGCCUGAAAUGCUGGCUGUUGGUGCCAAUGAUCCGUACAUCAGAGUCUAUGACCGCAGGAUGCUCAGCUGCAGUAGCAUGCGUAUCCCGGGGGACAACUCCAGCAGGUACCCUUGGGAUCAUCCACAUCUAGAGGACAUAGAGGGAGAAAACUACUCAAUCCCUGAUGGGUGUGCUCAGUAUUACAUUGCUGGGCACUUGCCUCAAAAGCAGCAGGACUACAAGAAGAGGUACCGCACCUUAGCCUCUACUUUCCUCACCUUUGGCCCAGACGGAUCUGAACUUCUUGCCAACUUGGGUGGGGAGCAAAUUUACCUGUUUGAUGUCAACAAAAAGCUGCGGCCAAGACGUUUUGACCUCUCUAUUCUGGGUACCAAUGGCAUCUCCAAAGAGAACCUGACCAGCGCAAGCAAUGGUUAUAAUCUUCAUGCCAAUGGAACCAACGGAGUUUGUCGCCCCUCCUCAUCCAAUACUCCCAACACCAGAUCCUCACAUUCACUGUUUCCAGAAAAUGAAAAAGCCUGUGAUCGUUCUGGUGAACUUCCAAAUAAAAGACACAAGGGAGAGCCCAAACAGCUAAGUCCAUUGGUGGAGAAUUUGAAAAAACAAGCCAACGCUUUGUUUGAGAAAGAAGAGUACAAGCAGUCCAUAGACGUCUACAACCAGGCCAUAGCCUCCUGCAGCACUGCUGCUGUUUUGUAUGGCAAUAGAGCUGCAGCCUACUUGAAAAGAAAAUGGGAUGGAGAUCUGUAUGCUGCUCUGCGUGACUGUUAUCAGGCUUUGACCUUAGACCCUCAUCAUAUGAAAGCUCAUUUCCGAUUGGCUCGCUGUUUCCAUGAACUCUCUUGGAGUCAAGAAGCUUUUGAAUGUCUCAAUCAUUUUAAGCACCGUUUUCCUGAUUAUGCUAAAAACCAUGCCUGUGAAACACUGGACAGGGAAAUCAAAGGUGCCAUAUUCUCUCAACGGGAAGAUUUGAAAGAAAAUAAAGAAAAGCCCGAAGAUGGGAUGAGGCAUCCCAGUCCUAGACAUGAAUCGGAACAGGAAAAAGAGCUUCAAAAGAGUGCUUGUGACUACACACAAAGGUUUUGUGGCCACUGUAACACAACAACAGAUAUUAAAGAGGCCAACUUUUUUGGCAGCAAUGGUCAGUACAUUGUGGCAGGAUCAGAUGAUGGAUCGUUCUUCAUCUGGGAUAAACUGACCAACAACAUAAUGCGAGUCAUGCGAGGUGAUGAGUCCAUUGUCAACUGUUUGCAGCCACACCCAAGUACCUGUCUUUUAGCUACCAGUGGCAUUGACCCAGUGGUCAGAUUAUGGAGCCCAGGACCUGAGGAUGGAACUAAAAAUGAAAGGGAAAUAAACAGUGACGAUGCAGCUCUUGCCAAUCAGAAAAGAAUGAACACAGACCCUUUAGAGGUUAUGUUGACAAACAUGGGCUACCGGAUAACCAGCUUCCUGGAUGUGGAUGAGGAGGAAGGAAAUCCAGUUUAUGGACCAGCCAACUGCAGGACCACCUGAGCUGUAUGAAAGGUUUGUUUGAAUGGUCUGACUGUGUUUUGGAUGCUAUUGAUGGUGCCACUCAUUUAGAUGUAAAAUACAAAGGUUUCAUGUACUCAUUUAAUCUACAGUACGCUGUCCUUGGUGGGACCGUGUGGUCGAAAGCUAGGGCUGCUAGCCCAAAGGUUCUUGCCAGUGAAAUGUUGUCAUGCCUCUUAUUACUAAUUUACCAAAUAACAUCCCAUUUAAACAUACCCAGUUGUUUUAUCUGUGUGAUGUCUUGUAAUUGGGGCAGAUAUGAUCAUUUUCUCUUUCAUUUACUUCAUAAUGUUAUAUUAAUUCUUUAGAGAAGUAUUGUUAUAUUGUAAUCAAAAUUGGAAAAAAGUUACUAUUUGAUUAAGCAAGUUUUAUAACAAAUGUAUUAAGUAUAGUAACUAGCUAGUAAAGUAACUAGCUGUUGAAUUCAAAUGGGAUGGAUACGUCUUCCAAUUCACUACAUUUUGAUUAAUACAGCAAAUCAAUAAGCAAUUAGUUUUUCUGGUCUUCAUGGUAUCUUUAAAAACUGCUUUCAAUGUUGUUGCUUUGAAGUUGAAUAUUUUGUUCUUAAGUUUUAAUAAUAGAAAAGAUUAUUCCAUUUUUUUAACUAUUUAAAAUACAAUGAAAAAACUUUGAAGUGAAUAAGAAAUCUGUUUUAUCCAGAAUGUCUAUGUGAUAUUUUCAUGCUUUUUUUAAGUAAUUAAAAAUAAGUUUAAGAACCUCAGAUUUUUAAAGAUAGGUUGUUAUGACCUGAAAAAAACACAUAGGCCUAAUUGUCCGAUCAUCGUUUGUAUGAAGACUUUGAGGCAUUGCAUUGUCAGCUUUUUUAUCAGGCCAAAACAAAUGCUUUUAGGUCCAUUCAGUAUACAUGCCUUUUACAAUGAAAAGGCAAAGUUAAUGUUCAUCACCAUGCCAAAUAAACCAAGGAAGUUCAUAUUUCAUUUAAAAUAAUGCUUAUAUAUUUUUUUAAAAUAUUUGUUUUUAUUUGUUAAUUUUGUACCAGGUAAAAGGAAACAUUUCAGUUCAUUUUUGUAUUAUUUAUUGCAGUAUUGAUUUGGCUGUGAAGUGUAUAAUUGUCAUUUUAAAAUUUCUUUUGUAAAUUACAAUUUUUUUUUCCUUUAAGUUCAUUAAACAAAGGUAAAAAGUUGAAAUUGUUCUCCCCCAGUAAAAGUUCAGCAAUACGGAACAGCUGUGUUUUACUGUUUUGCCCUGUGUGGAUUUACUGUGAUUAAUUUAAAUAAAUUGUCAGUGUAUUGUAUCACUAACAUUUAGCUGGAUUUGCAGCAUUUCUAGUCUAAUAUAUUGCACUUUUUCAGUAUCCAGCCA